AUGUCUGGUGGCCGGCGGAGCGUUGCUCUAUUUCUGGCAGAGAGAGUCUGUGAGAGACCCAGAGAGGAAGGGAACAAAAUGUUGGAGAAGAUGGCACUGUGGGAGAAAAAGAGGGGGUCGGAGGGCCGUUGUGGAGCGUGGAGUGAUACCAGGAGGAUAGACGUUCUAUGCUAUCGUCUGUUUUUGUGCCAGAAACUCCUGAAUGGUACUGAAAAGUAUCACAAACUUCUUGUUGAUGAAGCUACAAAGAAGCUUCUUGAAGCUAAAAUGGCUAAUCUGCAAAGAAGCUUCUUGCAGCUAAAGUGGGUAAUCUGCAAAGAAGCUUCUUGA